UCCUCCUCCUCCUCCAGCCUACAUAAAAAGCUCAUCGUCGCCUUCAUCGCAGAGAAGGAAGGAAGCACGCCCGCACGCCGCCGCAGCUCCGCCACACAUGACCGGCACUGCGAGGGAGAAGCACAUCCGAGCGAAUCGGCGAUCGCAUUCCCGAUCGUCGAAGCCGGACAUGGACCACUCCGGCCGCCCCCACCCCCCGCCGCCGUUGCCGCCGCCGCCGACGACGAUGACGAUCGUCCCCGAUCCCGCCCCCGAAUCGGGCCCCGGCGCCUCCGAUCCGCCGCGAUCCCCCGCCCCGAGCCCGGCCCCGCCGCCCCCGGAGCGAAGCCCCAUCCCCGGCCCCGAUUGCUGCGGCCCCGUCCCCGACGACAGCAGCGCCUGGGGCUACUGCACCGAGGAGCAGCUGGAGGAGCUGCUGCGGAAGCACGUGCAGUUCUACUACAACGAGGCCCUCGCCAAGCUCUGCGCGCUCGGCUACGGCGAGGACGUGGCCCUCGGCGCGGUGCUCCGGAACGGGCAUUGCUACGGCGGCAUGGACAUGCUGACCAACAUCCUGCACAACACGCUGGCUUAUCUGAACAGCGGCGGCUCCGAGAACGGGGGCGCUGCUGGUGGUGGCGGGGACGGUGCUGGCUCGGGCGAAUCCGAGCUGGGUUUCUCGGAUUUGAAGCAGCUGGAGGAGUACUCGCUCGCGGGGAUGGUGUGCUUGCUGCAGCAGGUGAGGUCGAAUUUGAGCAGGGGAGAUGCUAUGUGGUGUCUCCUCAUGAGCGACCUCCACGUGGGUCGCGCCAGUACCAUCGAAAUCCCGGUGGUUCAAUCGCCGAGUGAGGGAUUGGGUCCGGUUGGUGAUAAGAGCAAUGCUGAGAGCGGCGCUAAUGACACCGCUGCUUGCGUUCCGGCUCCCGUGUUGGGUAGGUUUCUUGGUGGUUUAGGAUUUAGUAAUGGCGGAAACGAUUACGUGGAGGCUGUGAAUGGCUUGGGAGAUAUAGGAGGAAUGACAAUGCAAAAGGAUAUCGAGUGUCCGAAAAGGUUUAACCUUUCGCCAUCGAUGAAAUCUUUGCUGAAGAGGAACGUUGCAAUGUUUGCAGCAGGUUUCAGGGCAAAUGCGAAGAAUUUGAGGGAACAAACUCCUUUCUCGCAAAAUGGAUCGCCUAGUGGAGUUGCCUCGGUUGCGUCACGGGAGAAAGCUGCGGUAGAGAAGAAUGCGGAGUCGAGGAACACGAAGAACCAAGAUGAUCUCCAUGCCAUGAUGCACAAAUUCCUUGACAUGGAUAUUGGCGCAAACGUUGAUGAGAAUCCAGAGGUUGCCGAAGAAGAGCGGAAGGACGAGAUAAUUUUGUCUAUGCUUCGUGAUAUCAAGGAUCUCGAGAAGCAAGUGAAGGAGAGGAAGGAGUGGGCACAGCAGAAGGCAAUGCAAGCAGCUAGAAAGCUUAGUAGUGACAUGACAGAGCUCAAAUUGCUGAGGAUGGAAAUGGAUGAGACUCAAAGAUUGAAGAAAGGGAAACAGACUCUAGAAGAAACUACUAUGAAGAGACUAUCAGAUAUGGAGAAUGCUUUAAGGAACGCAAGUGGUCAAGUGGACCGAGCUAAUGCGGCUGUGAGGCGGCUCGAGACUGAAAAUGCUGAAAUCAGAGCUGAAAUGGAGGCUUCCAAGUUGAGUGCAUCGGAGUCAGUGUCAUCCUGUCUUGAGGUGGCUAAGAGAGAAAAGAGGUCCUUGAAGAAGCUUUUGGCUUGGGAGAAGCAGAAGACGAAGAUGCAGGAGGACAUCACCGAGGAGAAACGGAAAAUCUCGGACCUGCAACAGCAGUUGGUUCAAAUUAAUCAGGCUUCAGAAGAAGCAGAGGUUAAGUGGAAGCAGGCAAAGAAAGAGAAAGAGCUUGCCCAGGCACAAGUGGAGGAGGAGCAGCGAUUGAAAGAAGCAGCUGAGGCAAGCAGCAAAAGGAGGCUUGAAUCUUUGCGCUUGAAGAUAGAGAUAGACUUCCAACGUCAAAAGGAUGAUAUUAAAAGACUUGAACAGGAGCUUUCGCGCCUGAAAAUGUCUGCAUCCGCCCAAUCCGCAGAUGCACAUCAUGGAUCGCAUGCUUCCCCUGCGGCGAAGUCUGAGGGGGGGAAACCAGAAGGAGAAGCAAUCGCCAGGCUGCUUCAUCAAUUGGAACUGGAAGACUCGCCUGAGGUCAAUAGAGAUAGACAAUGCAUACUGUGCAUGAAGGACGAGGUCUCAGUUGUUUUCUUGCCAUGUGCCCACCAAGUUAUCUGUGCCAAUUGCAGUGAUAGUUACUGGGGGAAGGGCAAAACCACUUGCCCUUGCUGCCGUGUCCCGAUUGAGCAGAAAAUCCAUGUCUUUGGGGCAAGUUCAUAGUUCAAAAAGAGAAGUCAGCUUGAAUUGCUCUAUUUAUUAUUGGACAGCCGGUUUCUUCUUACUAUUUUUAUUGAAUUCUGGUUUAGGUGAUGCUGCAAGUGCAUCCCAUUAGAAGGAUGUAGAUAAAUAAAAAGGACAUUUGUCUGAGCUUCCGACUCGGACUCGAUAACAAAUGCUUGCGACUUUGAAAGGCAUGGCAUUCUGGCUGCUAUGAGAGAUGCCAGCUAGGCAGUACAUCCUAUCUGCAUGAUAUCAUACGCAAUGUUCGUCUGCUA